AUGGCGAAGAAUUCACCCAGGAGGUCUCUGAGAAGUUUGUUCUCCAAGAGAGAGGUCAACGUGGACGAUCCGGCGGAGAAGGCUGCGGACCAGAACGAGGGAGAGAAGAAGAGAUUUAAGUUUCUAAAGUUCAGGACAAAACCGAAGAAUGAGUCUGGUCCCGUGAAGCCGGUUCAUGAGAACCAGCAGUUGCUCAGUGGUGCUGAGCCAAAUAACACUGCAGAGGAGGGAGGGACCUGGGCUGACAACAUCUCAGACAACAUCGCCUCAGACAACAAGUUUUCUCUGUACGGCACCGCGCCCAGGUCAAAGCUCUCCAUCCUUCCCUCUACCUCUAGCAAAGAACUGAGCUACUCAGAGUUGGACCUCCGUAAGCCCAAAAGGAUUUCUUCCUUCUCCUUUGGUUUUAGAAGGAAGAAGAAGAAUGAUGAUGAAGAGAGUAUCUCUAGGAGCACUGCCGUCCUUCAUAGGCCGGGCAGUGAAGAGCCAAAAGAGACUCCUCUGCGUCUCAGUCAGAUGGAGCUGGAUAAGGACAACACGAAGAUGACGAUCAGCAUGUCUCAACCACAGCUUGACAUCAGCAAGAAAUUUGACAUCCCUUCUCCUCCCCCUUUAGCCACAAACCAGUUAGACUCAUCUUUCACUCUGCCGAACCAAUCAGGGUCAAAUGUCAAUAUAGACACACAACAAGAAGUGAAAGAACCUCUGACAAACGGCUCCGCUCUUUCUGACGAACACGAGGAACCUCAGAAAGCCCCGAUUGCUACCAUCCCUGAGCUGCAGCUGGAUAGUCUAGACUCUUCAGAGGAGAAAGAGACCAUUCCUGUUCAUGAAAACUUCAAUAAAUCUGACACCACAACACUUACAGAAAUCACCUCCGUUGUCAAUAACCAGAUUGAAUCUAUCUUUACAGCUAGCCAGCCUUCAAUUGUGCCUGACACCUCUGAUGACAGAAUAGCAGUUGCUGAUUCAGUCAUCACAAACAACGGUGUGUGUGAUGAGGACAUCCUCCAGCAGUCUCACACAAAAAUAGAAAUCUCUCUUACUGAAACCACCAGAGAUAUAUUAUCACAUCAUCAACCUGACGCCCCUGACACAGCUGGCAAUGCAACUCAAAAUGGUGAACUCUCUGUGCCAAAUACUGACUCCAAAAUUGACACCACAAUUACAGAUUCGACCCCUGUUCCUCUCGCUGACAACUCGGCUCUAAGCGCAAAUUCUGCGUCUGUCCAUCAAGAAGUCUCAAUUUCUCACACUGUUCCUGAAACUGCCAUCAGUGUGACAACAACCUCCUCUGUUAGCAAAGAGAAGAGCACUUGUCCUGUCAGUCAAGAAACAGUUUAUGAAGCGUUGUAUGACUCACUACUCCCCCAGAGUUUUACCUCAGAAGUAUUGUCAUCCCUCUCAAAACCUCUGCCUCAAAUCCAUACUGAGAUAAGACAUCAAGAAGUCUCAGUUUCUUGCACUGAUAGAUCUGUUCCUGAAACUGCCACCAGUGUUACAACAACCUCCUCUGUUAGCAAAGAGAAGAGCACAAUUCCUGCAAAUCAAGAUAAAGUUCUCCCCCAGAGUGUUGCCUCAAUGGAAGUGUCAACCCUCUCAAGCCCUCCACCUCAAAUCAACACCAAGAUAAGACAUCAAGAGAUCUCAAUUUCUUGCACUGAUGGAUCUGUUCCCGAAACUGCCACUAGUGUAAGAACAACCUCUUCUGUUUGUGAAGAGAAGAACACAAAUUAUGGAGCGUCGUAUGACUCCCUUCUCCCACAGAGUUUUACCUCAGUGGAAGAAUCAUCCCUUUCAAAUCCUCCGCCUCAAUUCAGUACCGAGAUAAGACGUCAAGAAGUCUCAAUUGCUUGCACGGAUGGAUCUGUUCCCAAAACUGCCACCAGUGUCACUACCACCUCUUCUGUUAGCGAAGAGAGGAGCACUCGUUCUGUCAGUCAGGCUACAAUUUAUGGAGCUUUAUAUAACUCCCUUCUCCCCCAGAGUUUUACCUCGGGGUUAGUGUCAGCCCCCUCAAACCCUCCACCUCAAAUCAGUACCGAGAUAAGAGAAGUCUCAGUUUCUUGCAAUGAUGGAUUUGUUCCACAAACUGCCACCAGUGUUACAACAACCUCCUCUGUUAGCGAAGAGAAGAGCACACAUCCUGUCAGUCAGGAUAAAAAUAAUGGAGCGUCGUAUGACCCCCUUCUCCCCCAGAGUUUUGCCUUGGAGGUAGUGUCACCCACCUCAAACCCUCCCCCUCAAAUCAGUACUGAAAUAAGACAUGAGAGCACCAGAUCAGGACCCAUCAUGGUUAAAACCCACAAUGAACAUCACACAGAAACCAAUGUUACAUACUCCCUCCUGUCAACUUCUAAGGACUCGUCUCCUCACAGAACAGAUGAUGCAGUAGGCGGCUGUAUAAACAGAAAUUCUUCCGUUAGUGAGAUAAAGGGGGUUCCUGCUACCUCCAGAUUUAAUCCUACUUCUUUCCAGCCUCAACAAAACACAGAGAUCUACAGUAGGUAUCUACUAUCGUGUCCCAUUUCAGAUUAUAAACCAGAUGACAGUGGUAGCAUUUGUUACUCAGAGCUAACUCGUUCCCUUUCAGAGGUGAAAUCUGACAGCUCUAGCCUCAUUCAAGACAAUGUCAGGUCAGUUUCUGUGGUUGAAAGCCCUGCCCCUCCUGCUUCUGACGAUAGUUAG